UUCGCCGAGAACAUCGCCGUCCGCCCUAACAACCACCUCCUGAUAACCUCCCUCUCCACCUCCGCACUGCAUACCCUCGACCCCUACGGCCCAAACACAACAACCCUCCUCCCGCCAAUUUCCAACGCAAACGGCAUCAGCGGCAUCGCCGAGCUCCAACCCGAUUUAUUCGCCGUCUCAGCAGGUCUCUGGAACACGACCGAGCGCCGUGCUACAAACGAAACCAUCUGGACCAUCGAUUUCAGACAAGCUCCACCCGCGUUCACGAAGGUCGUCGAGAUACCCGAGACAACGAUACUCAAUGGCUUGACAGCCAUUCCUGGGACUUCCAUCGUCCUCGCGUCCGACUCAGCCAUCGGCGCCAUAUACUCGGUCGACGUCGGGAAGCGCAGCUACGCCAUCGCCAUCCAGGACCCCAUCCUCACGCCCGUCGGCCCAGCGCCUAAUCUCGGCGUCAACGGCAUCGAGGUGCACGGUUCAGACUUGUACUUUGCGAACAGCGGGAGGGGUGUGCUUGGGCGCUUUCCCAUCAACCGGGCGGGGCGGGCGACGGGGGAGGCGGAGGUGGUCGCGCAGUUCAACGCGUCUGUGAACUCGGCGAUUGAUGAUUUUGCGAUCGAUGAGGGAGGCAUUGCGUACGUCGCGUUUCAUCCAAAUACUAUAUUCAAGGUUGGUAGAGGUGGUAAGACGGAGGUGGUUGUUAGCGGGGAAGGGGAGGUGAGGGAUCCGACGAGUUUAGCGUUGGGGCGG